UGCUGGAAGGAGGAAAGCCUUAGCUGUGAUGCCGCUGGAUGAUGGCUGCUUUCGGGAUCUUAAGUUACGAACACCGUCCAUUAAAGCGGCCCCGACUCGGACCUCCGGACGUUUAUCCGCAAGAUCCAAAGCAAAAAGAGGAUGAGUUGACUGCAUUGAAUGUGAAGCAAGGAUUCAAUAACCAACCAGCUGUAUCCGGUGAUGAACAUGGCAGUGCCAAAAAUGUCAACUUCAACCCUUCCAAGAUCAGCUCAAACUUCAGCAGCAUUAUUGCAGAGAAGCUGCGCUACAGCACGUUUCCAGACACAGGGAAGCGUAAACCACAGGUCAACCAGAAGGAUAAUUUCUGGCUUGUCACAGCGAGGUCACAGAGCUCCAUCAAUAACUGGUUCACGGAUUUAGCUGGGACUAAACCUCUGACACAGCUGGCUAAAAAGGUACCGAUCUUUAGCAAGAAGGAAGAGGUUUUUGGAUACUUGGCCAAGUACUCAGUCCCUGUAAUGCGUUCAGCAUGGAUGAUUAAGAUGACCUGCGCAUAUCAUGCAGCUAUCACAGAAACUAAAGUCAAGAAGAGGCAUGUGAUUGACCCGUGCAUAGAAUGGACCCAAAUCAUUACUAAGUAUCUCUGGGAGCAGCUUCAGAAGGUGGCUGAGUUUUACAGACAGUUUCCCAGCCAAGGCUGCAGCUCACCCCUGCCAGCUAAUCCCCCUGAUGUGGAGACGGCCAUGAAGCAGUGGGAAUACAACGAGAAGCUGGCCAUGUUCAUGUUUCAGGAUGGUAUGUUAGACAGACACGAGUUCCUGACAUGGGUGCUGGAGUGUUUUGAGAAAGUCCGGCCUGGUGAAGAUGAGCUUCUCAGACUACUUUUGCCCCUUUUACUACAGUACUCGGGGGAAUUCGUACAGUCUGCUUACUUGUCACGAAGACUGGCUUACUUCUGCACGCGCCGCCUCAACUUGUUGCUAAGUGACGGGAGCCUGGGCCCUGGCACAGGAGGACAUCCAGCUCACGGCAUCUUGACACAGCAAAGCAACGCUCUGCCCUCCACACCAACCUCCCAGCCAGCGGGAGGGAACCAGCCCCAGACACCUUUUACAGACUUCUAUAUCUGUCCACAGCACAGGCCUCUGGUGUUUGGUCUCAGCUGCAUGUUACAGAGCAUUGUGUUGUGCUGUCCCAGUGCUCUCGUGUGGCAUUAUUCUUUGACAGACAGCAGAAACAAGACUGGUUCCCCUCUCGACCUCCUGCCCAUCGCUCCUUCCAGCUUGCCAAUGCCAGGAGGCAACACUGCCUUUACACAGCAGGUUCGUGCAAAGUUGCGGGAAAUUGAGGAACAAAUUAAGGAGCGAGGUCAGGCAGUGGAGUUCAGGUGGUCGUUUGAUAAGUGCCAGGAGACGACAGCGGGAUUCACCAUCGGAAGGGUUCUCCACACUCUGGAGGUUUUAGACAACCACAGCUUUGAGAAGUCUGACUUCAACAACUCCCUGGAUUCACUGUACAACAGGAUAUUUGGUUCAGGCCAGAGUAAAGAUGGCCACGAGAUGUCACCUGAUGAUGAUGCGGUGGUGACCUUGCUUUGUGAAUGGGCUGUGUGCUGUAAGCGUUCAGGCAGACACAGGGCCAUGGUUGUGGCCAAGCUGCUGGAAAAGAGGCAGGCUGAAAUAGAAGCAGAGAGGUGCGGCGAGUCGGAGGUGGUAGAUGAGAAGGGCUCUGUGUCAUCCGGUUCCCUCUCAGCUGCCACACUGCCAGUCUUUCAGGAUGUGCUGCUGCAGUUCCUCGAUACUCAGGCUCCCACCCUGACGGAGCCUGGGAAUGAAAGCGAACGCGUGGAGUUCUCCAACCUAGUCCUUCUCUUCUGCGAGCUCAUCCGUCACGACGUCUUUUCCCACAAUAUCUACAUGUGCACGCUCAUUUCCCGUGGCGACUUGGCUUCUGACUCCCACCUGCCCCGCCCACGUUCACCCAGCGAUGAGCCCUCUGAUGAAUCAGAGCGCAAAGAGCAGGAUGCAGGCAGCAGUGUCAAGAUGGAGGAUACUGGCCUAUCAGAGUCAAUGGAAAUCGAUCAUAACUCCAGUGCUAAUUUUGAUGAGAUGUUCUCACCUCCAAUGCACUGUGAAACCAAGGGAAGCCCCUCUCCAGAGAAGCCGGUUACAGAUCAGGACAGCAAGCCCAACUGUAAGGACAAGGGUAUGGACCCCGCCUUUCCUCAACUGUAUGAGCAACCCCGCCACAUCCAGUAUGCCACUCACUUCCCUAUUCCUCAGGAGGAAAGUGCCAGUCAUGAAUGCAACCAGCGUUUAGUGGUCCUCUACGGUGUGGGCAAACUGAGAGAUGAGGCGAGACACACCAUUAAGAAAAUUACCAAAGACAUCCUGAAGGUGCUAAACCGCAAAAGCACAGCAGAAACGGGAGGAGAGGAAGGACAAAAAAGGAAGAGGAGUAAGCCAGAGGCCUUUCCCACUGCAGAGGAUAUCUUCUCCAAAUUCCAGCACCUCUCCCACUUUGACCAGCACCAGGUCACCUCCCAGGUGUCCAGAAAUGUGCUGGAACAGAUCACCAGCUUUGCCUUAGGGAUGUCCUACCACCUGCCUCUCGUCCAGCACAUUCAGUUCAUCUUUGACCUCAUGGAGUACUCCCUUAACAUUAGUGGCCUCAUAGACUUCGCUAUUCAGCUUCUGAAUGAGUUAAGUCUGGUGGAAGCCGAGCUGCUGCUGAAGUCAUCCAGCCUGGUGGGCAGCUACACCACAAGCCUGUGUCUGUGUAUUGUAGCAGUGCUGAGGAGGUACCACUCCUGCCUCAUCCUCAAUCCUGAGCAGACAGCCCAAGUUUUUGAUGGGUUACGCAUUGUGGUGAAGUCAGGUGUGAACCCAGCAGACUGUUCCUCUGCUGAGCGUUGCAUUCUGGCCUAUCUGUAUGAUCUCUACACCUCCUGUAGUCACCUCAAGAACAAGUUUGGUGAGAUAUUUAGUGAGUUUUGCUCUAAAGUGAAGAACUCCAUCUACUGCAAUAUCGACCCAUCAGACUCCAACAUGCUUUGGGAUCCUAUGUUCAUGAUGGAGGCCAUCGCCAACCCCUCAGCCAACAACUUCAACCACUCCAUGGUGGGCAAAAUCUUGAAUGACAGCCCAGCCAACCGCUACAGCUUUGUCUGUAAUGUGCUAAUGGAUGUGUGUGUGGAUCACCGAGACCCAGAAAGGGUGAACGAUAUUGGGAUCUUGUGUGCGGAGCUGACAGCAUAUUGCCGCUCCCUGAGUGCCGAAUGGCUCGGCAUUCUCAAGGCUCUUUGCUGCUCCUCUAACAACGGCAACUGUGGCUUCAAUGACUUGCUGUGUAACGUAGAUGUUAGCGAUUUGUCCUUCCACGAUUCUCUGGCAACCUUCGUAGCCAUUCUCAUUGCCAGACAGUGCUUGCUCCUUGAAGACCUGGUUCGCUGUGUUGCCAUUCCUUCCCUUCUCAAUGCAGCCUGCAGUGAGCAAGACUCUGAACCAGGAGCCAGACUGACCUGCAGAAUUCUGCUGCAUCUUUUCAAGACACCACAACGCAACCCUGUCCCCCAAGAUGGUGUGAAGUCAGACAAGGCUUCAGUUGGUAUCCGGUCGUCUUGCGAUCGCCACCUUCUUGCCGCCUCCCAGAACAGCAUAGUGGUUGGAGCUGUAUUUGCUGUUCUCAAAGCUGUGUUUAUGUUGGGUGAUGCUGAGUUGAGAGGCUCAGGGUUGUCACACACCGCCGGCCUCGACGACAUAUCCGAAGGACGCAAUGUCUCGAUCGAGACAGCCAGUUUGGAUGUAUAUGCGAAGUAUGUUUUGAAGACCAUCUGCCAGCAGGAAUGGGUUGGAGAACGCUGCCUGAAGUCUCUGUCUGAGGACAGCAGUGCCCUCCAAGACCCGGUGCUGGUGAACAUUCAAGCCCAGCGACUGCUGCAGCUUAUUUGCUAUCCUCACCGCCAGCUGGACAGUGAUGAUGGUGACAACCCUCAGAGGCAGCGUAUCAAACGCAUCCUCCAGAAUAUGGACCAGUGGACGAUGAGACAGUCAUCUCUGGAGCUGCAGCUGAUGAUCAAACAGAGCACCAACAAUGAACUCUACUCUCUCUUGGAGAACAUAGCCAAGGCCACUAUAGAGGUGUUCCAGAAAUCAGCUGAGAUGAACUCCAGUAACCCCUCAGGGAACGGGGCAGCAGUCCAAGGAGGCUCUGCAUCUAAUAACAACAGUACCACAAGCAAAAUGAAGCCUAUUUUAAGCUCAUCAGAGCGAUCGGGUGUUUGGCUGGUGGCUCCGUUGAUAGCCAAGCUGCCCACGUCAGUCCAGGGCCAUGUGCUAAAGGCGGCAGGAGAGGAGCUGGAGAAAGGGCAGCACCUUGGCUCUUCUUCACGUAAGGAGAGGGACAGGCAGAAACAGAAAAGUAUGUCUCUGCUGAGCCAGCAGCCGUUCCUGUCUUUGGUCUUGACCUGCUUAAAAGGGCAGGAUGAACAGAGGGAGGGUCUCCUCACCUCCCUUUACAGCCAAGUGCAGCAGAUUGUCACCAACUGGAGAGAAGACCAGUACCAAGAUGACUGCAAGGCAAAGCAAAUGAUGCAUGAGGCACUGAAGCUACGACUGAAUCUUGUCGGUGGCAUGUUUGAUACAGUGCAGCGCAGCACACAACAGACCACGGAGUGGGCGGUACUACUCCUUGACAUCAUCAGCAGUGGCACAGUGGACAUGCAGUCCAAUAAUGAGCUCUUCACAACAGUGCUGGACAUGUUGAGUGUGCUGAUUAACGGCACACUGGCUGCUGACAUGUCCAGCAUCUCUCAGGGCAGCAUGGAGGAAAACAAGAGAGCCUACAUGAACCUGGUUAAGAAGCUCAGGAAAGAACUUGGAGAUCGGCAGUCAGAAAGUUUGGAAAAGGUUCGCCAGCUUCUGCCGCUGCCCAAGCAAACCCGCGAUGUCAUAACCUGUGAACCUCAGGGUUCGCUGAUAGACACUAAGGGCAACAAGAUUGCUGGCUUUGAGAAGGAGGGUCUUCAAGUAUCUACUAAACAAAAGAUUUCUCCGUGGGAUGUUUUUGAGGGUCUGAAACACUCCGCCCCUCUCUCCUGGGGCUGGUUUGGUACAGUACGUGUGGACCGUAAGGUGACUAAAUUUGAGGAGCAGCAGCGAUUCCUCCUUUAUCACACCCACCUGAAGCCCAAACCACGUAGCUAUUACCUGGAGCCACUUCCCCUACCCCCUGAAGAGGAGGAACCCCUGACACCUGUCUCACAGGAACCAGAGAAGAUGAUAGAGGCGGUGAAGACAGAGAAGAAUGUAGCCACUGUGCCACCAGAGUCCAACAAAAAGUCCAAAUCCAAGAAAAAGAAAACUCCUUCUAACAAAACAGAGGACUAUAACCGAACACCAGGUCCUGCCUAUACAAGUAUGGCACCAGAGUUGAUGCAGAACCCCACAUAUCCCAGGACCAUGCCCUAUAAUCCACAGAACGUGUACACACAGAGCCAGCCUCUACCUCCAGGUCAGAUUACAGGAGGUCCAGGUUUAGAUGCUCCAUACAGACAACCAAACCGCAGCCAAAUUAGCAAAAUGAUGCCCGCUCGGCCUAGUUAUCCAGGCAUGAUGCCCGGCAUGCCGGGAAGCAUGCCUGGUAUCAUGGGACCAGACAAACAGUACCAAAUGACUUUUAAGCCCCAUGCUACCAUGCCACAAGGCCCGAAUCUGCGACAGCAACUACAGGUCAGACUGCAUCAAAAUCCAAACGCAUUAGGGCAGAUUAGACAAAUGCCACCAAACCAACAAUAUACUUCAAUCCAAUCCCAGGGCUAUACCACAUACGGAUCACACAUGGGAAUGCAGCAGCAUCCAUCUCAAAGUGGUAGUAUAGUACCUCAUUCCUAUGGCAACCAAAAUUUCCCAGGCGCACAUCCUGGAGCCAACCCUGCUGUAGUGGAUCCUCUAAGGCAACAGAGGCCAAGUGGGUAUCUUCUCCGGGAGGCCCCAGGCUACCCACAGAGUAUGCAGAACACACAGAGGUUUCCCCACCAGCAACUCCAGCAGAAUCCUAUCAUGCCAUCCCAUCUCGGUCAAAUGGGACAAGGUGUCCAUCCAGGCUUGUCCAGGCCCAAUCAGAUAUUAACAGAACAGCAGCAGCAGCAGCAGCAACAACAACAGCAGCAACAAUUAGUGCAGCAGCAGUACCUCAGACAAGCAGCGAUGAGGCAGGCACAACAACAUCAACAACAGCAGCAGCAGCAGCAGCAACAGCAGCAACAGCAGCAGGUCCAACCACAGCAGGUUCCUCCUCAACAGCAAGUUCCACAGCAGCAACAGCCACAGGUGACGGCUGUGCCUCCACCGGGCCAGGCACAGAACCAGGGCCUGAGCAUGCAGCCGCUGCCACCGCAGCAACCCAUGGUAGGAGUCCAGUUCCCACGACCGGGAAUGCAGCAGACUCAGCAGCAACAGCAGACUGCAGCUCUGGUCAGACAGCUGCAACAGCAACUAUCAAGUACACAACCAUCACAGGGCACCAACUCUUAUUACUGAUAAUGUUUGUUCAUACUGGUGGGCAGAGUGGAGGCCCUGCUCUGUGGAUUGGGGAAAUACAUGUGUCCAGUCCCAUGAAGGUAGUUAGGAGGGAUGACUUGAAGGCACAAAGGACCACCAAACAGAUUAACGAAAUCCAAUAUUGACCACUGAGGCAACAAUCAGAGAUGAUCUUGUGUCACUUGUGUAAUUAUAGAAUAUCAAUGGAGUGAUCCUUAUCUGAAGUAAACACGUAAUGCUUAAUGAUGGAGCCUAUGUAAAGAAAAAAAUUACCACAAAUUAUAAGAAUAAUGCAAUUUUUUUUUAUUUUCAAUUUGUACAAUUUUUUCAGUUUCGUGUAUUUCUCAUUAAAAAUCAUGUCAGUUUUUAA